CAAAUAAUUUUAGGCAGGGAGUCUCUGGGUCGGUUGGUCGCUACGGGGUCAUCGACGCCGACCCGGUCAGUCGUCAGGAAGCAGCCGUGGCGUGAGCAUCGUCGGUCCCGUGUAGGCCAAAAUGGCAGGUAAUGCUUGGAGGAACUGUCAGGUGUGCGAGAACCGGUUUGACGCGUAUCGUCGUGUUCCCGUUGCCCUUCCUGCCUGUGGCCAUACGUUCUGCAGACGGUGUCUUGUUAAGAUCCGUAAUCUCACACAUGCCAUAAAUUGCCCGCUCUGCAGGAGGCGUCAUGAAGGACCUGAACCGGAAGACCUGCCUGUCAAUAGGCUCGUUAUGGACCUCUUAGAAUCUGAUGCACAGGAAAGUGAUAGUGAUAACAGCAGCAGCAAGUACUCGAAGAAGAGCAAGUACCCCGACAAGAGACGCGUUUCCACUCCUAAGGAGCAGAUGCCUUUGGGCUUAAAGAUUGUGGGGUAUGGAUUAGCUGCUGUUGCUGGUGGUAUUGGUGCCGUGCUUGCUGCAUCGGUUGCCUUAACAGCUGUCGGCUUUAGAUCAGCAGGCAUUGCCGGUGGCUCCAUAGCUGCAAGCAUGAUGUCUUCUGCUGCCAGAGCUAAUGGUGGAGCAAUUGCUGCAGGCAGCUUGGUGGCAGUACUACAGUCAGCUGGUGCAGCAGGGAUUGGUGCAGCUGCAACAGCUACCUUAGCAGGGGCUGGAGCUACCGUAGGUGUCGGAGUUGCUAAGGCCAUUGAUGUCUAAACAGAUGAAGAUAAGGAGCAGGAUAAAGAGAGAAAGUAACCUUUAUAAAUCUAUGAUGAUAGCAAGCAGAAUGAUAAAACUGAGAACAACGACGACUAAAUUAAGAUAAAUGAGGUAAUUGAUGUUAAAAAAAAUAAACCAGAAGUUGGCGCACAGAAUAAUAAAGAUGGUAUAAAUGACAAUGAACAAAAUGGAAAGUUAAGUGAAACUAAUGUCAAAAGUGUUGGCUAGAUAAACAAGAAUGUUGUGCAAGAGUUGUAGUGGAAACGACUUUGCUAAGGUUCAUUGGAAAUAAAAAUGCCUAGGACUGAGAUCAUACAGUUUUGCAGCAGUAUUUAGGUUAAAGGUGUUAUGCAUGUUAUGUGGUAACUAACAUACACACACACACAUUAUAUAUAUAUAUAUAUAAUCAUUACUGCAAAAUACUCUGUAAAAGAAAUCAUUAUGUAAUCUCAAGAGGGUAUGAAUAUUAUAUGUAUUCUGAUAUACUUGAGUUUUUUUAAUUGGGAAAGGCAAGAAGCAAAUCAUAAAAUCAUACAUUCAGUAUUACAAUUGCAGUUCUUAUAUAACCUUCUUGUAAUAGUAUAAAAAUAUUUGUAUGAAAGAGUGAAUCGGAUUGCGCCUAGCUGCAUGCACACACCCCAUGGGUAUUUAAGAGGUCAUCCACAGGUCGCAACUCCUCUACGCAAGCAGCCACAGUACACGCCAAAUGCAAUAACAUGUUGUCUUCUCGGCUUGGCUUCUUUUUAUGGUACUGUACAUGUUUGUAAGGUAGCAUUUUUGUAAUUUGUCAAUACAGUAUUUCAGUUUUCUGGUACAGUACUAUAAAUGACUAUUCUUUUAAGAUGUUCUUCUUUAUUAGCAGUGAUAAAUUCCUCCGUUAAAUCUCACUUGGUUCUAAUGGAUUUUGUGUUGACUGGUUUCCAAUUCCUCUCACACUCACAUGGCAAAUAUGGAGGACCUUCAACAACCCGCUGGCUUCCUGUCCUUGUUGAGGCCACUAGUGUUAGUGGCUCUCAGGUAAACUCUGUUUACAGGCCUUUAAAAGAUGCAGUGAGGACUUGAAUGGAUUUCAUGGUUUUUCCUUUUUUUUUCAUAAUUUUUCUUUGAAUUGCGGUGGUAAGGUUUUAUCCUGUGUAUUUGCCCAUUUUAUUUGGGGGAUGGAGUGAUAAAAAUAAAGCAACAUUCUCUCA